UGCUGCGGCCGCGCGCACGACGGACGUGCACCGAGUACUCGAUACUCGCUCCUCUCGAUACAUCGAGACAUCGAAUCGUGUGUGAACUGUGAUGUGAAUUUAAGAACUGACUAACAGUUUUUUUAAUUGUACAAUAGUUGUUGAAAGUUCGGGAUUUUCUGAGUAUUUUUUUAUAAAAAGUUUAAGAAUUAUUUACUGAAAGUUUGGUUUGUUGAAGCUGAAAAUAUUCAGGAGUUAAUUUUCAUAACAUUACGAAACCGGACGCCGACUGCACAUUGCGCAAAAUUUAUAAAUCAAAACAAUGUAGUGGAAACAAACUGCUCGGAGCAACAAUGUGCCAUUAACUGUGAAGCCCAGUGGUCGUAACUAACGCGGAGCCGGACACAACGCUCUCUGUCAAAAUGUGUUGCAAAAGAUAAAAAUGGCAAAAAUAAUUAGGAUGUGAAACAUGUUGGAAUGCGUGCGCGGCGCUCGCACAGUGGUACGCGCGCGCCCCCCCCGCGCUCACACGCGACCAGGGCCACUCCUGCUGCUGCUCGCACUGCUGCACUGUGUCAGAGUGUCUGCGUGCGGCGGGUCGCUGGGCGCGGCGCUGGUGUGCGCGCGCGCGCCCGGCCUCACGGAGCGGCAGCGCGCGCUGUGCCGGCAGGCGCCCGCCGCCGUCGCCGCCAUCGGGGAGGGACUCAGGAUGGCGUACGCGGAGUGCCGCGCGCAGCUGGCGGGGCGCCGCUGGAACUGCUCCGGCGUCGGCGACUCGCAGCACUUCGGACACGUCAUGCCCAUCGCGACGAAGGAGGCGGCGUUCACGUACGCGAUCACUUCGGCCGGCGUGACGCACGCGCUGAGCGCGGCGUGCGCUCGCGGCGACCUGCCCGCCUGCCAGUGCACGGCCGGGCGGCGGCGCGGCGCGGCGGCGGGCGAGCAGUUCGAGUGGGGCGGCUGCGGCGAGGGCGCGUACGGCGCGCGGCUGGCGCGGCGCUUCCUGGACGCGCGCGAGCUGGAGCGCGACGCGCGCGCGCUCAUGAACCUGCACAACAACCGCGUCGGCAGGAAGGUGAGCGAGGUGGUGAAGGAGCUGGUCCGGCGCGAGUGCAAGUGCCACGGCGUGUCGGGCUCCUGCGCCAUGCGCACGUGCUGGCGAGCACUGCCGCCCUUCCGCGCCGCCGCCGCCGCCCUGCGCGAGCGCUACGAGCGAGCGAGGCUCGUGCGUCCGCGCGACCACCACCACCUCGUGCUCGUCAGGAGGCACAAGCAGAGCGCGGGCGUGGUGCGGGCGCCGCGCAAGUCGGAGCUGGUGUACCUGCAGGCGUCGCCGUCGUACUGCGAGCGCGACGACGCGGCGGGCUCGGCGGGCACGCACGCGCGGCUGUGCAACGUGACGUCGCGCGGCGAGGACGGCUGCGAGUCGCUGUGCUGCGGGCGCGGCUACAACACGCAGCGCCGCGUGCUGGAGACCAAGUGCCGCUGCCGCUUCCACUGGUGCUGCCGCGUCACCUGCGACACGUGCGUCGCGCGCGCCGACACGCACGUCUGCAAGUGACGUCACCGUGCCAAUCAGAACAGUUCAUGUGUGCUCCGAUCUAACUUGCCUCUACUUGCUAAUAUUUAUAAUUCAUUUGUAACAGAUCGACAAUUUCAUGUAACAUUUUUAUUUAUAACCACCGAUACAUUGUCAUACUCCUGUAGCAUUUAAUUUACUAAAUUCAGACAAAUUUUUUGUAUGUCCCUGCAUACUGUGAUGCCAGGAGAAGUCUCCUGUGACCCCUCUCCUCCACUCCCUCUGUAACCGCGUGUAAAGGACUCACUCACGUACUUACCGAAUAGUUACUAACUCCAGUCGCUUUAAUGUAACAUUGUAAAUAUUAAAUUUAAUUGUAAGUGAAAUGUACCUAUUGAAGGCAUCACGUAAUUUACCAGAAAUAUGAAUAAAGCUAGGUUUCCUACAAAAACGUCCAGGCGCUCUCAACCACUUUCGUAUGUACACAGAGCUACCCAGAUGGCACGAAUCGAACGAAUAUACAGAACGACCUAAAUUGUACAAAUUGUAUCAAAUCUUCGAAUAUUGAAAAUUGACGUAGCCUAGUCUACAAAGGUGUUUAGAGAUCGUGGUUUAUAUUAGACAUUAUUUCAUGGCGUCAUCAAGUGUUCUGGCUGAAUGUAGCCCUUGCGUUAAUUGGUUCACUACAUUUAUGUAUGUAUAAUUGUAUACCUACUGUCGCAAGCUGAUGCAGUUGUAUAGCGCUGAAAUGAUUGUAGGCUAAUAUUAUUAUUCGCAUUAUUGGUAAAUCCCGUGCUGUAAUGAAUGGUUGUCAGCGAGAAGUUGAUGUGCAUUUACUGUGACUAAGUACCGACGGCUUUAAUACGUGUUAGCUGUAAGUAGUACGACGUACCGUGUGUACGUCUGUGUGUAAGAACAUUCCGAUAGACGUAACUUAACUUAUUCACUCACUGCGACUCGGCGAAUAAACUUUACCACCAACCUGUGUCACUCAUUUACUACCCCUUUAUAUCACUCCCUCCUUGCUCUCCAGAUAGCGGCUUCCCUUGUUCCGAACGAGUAGCUACCACGUCGUAGAUGUGUGUUGCUACUUGAUACUGCUCCUAACAUUUCUAUAUGAUACGCAAGUUACACAAUAAGUAUUGUGCGAGUUGUGCCGCUCGUUAAAAGUUGUGUUGUGUGUCCGCAGUCCGCAAGCCGCUACACCGCGCUGUUGUGUUUUGCGUCAUACCACCGGCUAUUGUCACAAACUUAUAAUUGGGAUGACGCUCUCUUCUUGGG